AUGUAUAAAAUAUCAGUACGUUUUGCGCAUGGAUUAGGCAGAAGAGAAUUAUUAACUAAGAUUUUACGUGUUGAUCAUAUUGGUGAAUUAGCUGCUUUGCGUAUUUAUGAUGGACAAAAAGCUAUCAUAUCAGAUCAACAUCCGUCCAAACCUAUAAUUGAAGAAAUGCAAGCACAAGAAAAGGAGCAUCUUGAUGUGAUGGAGCGAUUAUGCGCAAAGCAUAAUAUACAACCAACAAUUUUGGCUCCAUUCUUGAGUAUUGCUGCUUAUGCGUUAGGUGUCGGAACAGCUCUUUGCGGGAAAAAAACUGCAAUGGCUUGUACAACAGCUGUAGAAGAGCUAAUUGCUGAACAUUACAAUCAACAAUUGAUGGAAUUACUUGAUGAUGACCCAGUGGAUCAUGUCGAUCUUCUUAAGAUUUUGACAAAACUGCGCGACGAUGAAUUGCAUCACUACGAUAUUGGAGUUGAAAAUGAUGGAUUAAAAGCACCACAAUAUGAGGCAUUGAAAUGGUUCAUUCAGACUGGUUGCAAAGGAGCAAUUUGGUUAGCCGAACGAAUGUAA